AUGUCCUGGCAGCUCGCCUAUGUCGUCCUCAGCGGCCUCCUCGUCGUCCUCAACAGCGCGCCUCUGUACUGGCAGUUUGUGCAGGGCAACUCGGGCCCCAUCGCCAUGGGCGUUUGGGUCGUCCUCACGAACCUCAUCGAGUUUGUGAACGCGGUCCUCUGGUAUCACGACGACGUCGAUCGAGCGCCAGCUUGGUGCGACAUUCGGGUGAAGCUCGCUAUCGGCCAAGAAGUCGGUCGGGUCGCAGCUGUCUUCUGCAUCGCUCGUUUCCUCGCCGACAUCGUCAGCCCGAGGGCGACGGCCAUAACUCGCAAGGACCGACGUCGACGCGCUCUCCAAGACUACCUGCUCUCGUUUGGCGUGCCGGGCGUCAUCAUGGCGUGUCACGUCCUGUAUCAGCCGAAUCGCUAUCGGCUCGUUCGCGGUCGAGGUUGCCAGGUUACGCAGGUGAUGACGUGGCCAACGCUCGUCCUGCGCAUCAUCUGGUCGCCCCUCUUUGCCGUCGGCGGAACUCUAUACUCAGCCUACACGGUCUACCGCUUGGUCCGCCAUCGCCGCAACUUUGGUCGGGUCGUCGCCGGCGCUCACUCGGCCUUGACGACAGCUCGGUUCAUCCGACUCGGCGCCGUGUCCAUGGCGUACCUCUGCGUCGGCGUCCCCCUCUCGGUCUGGUCCGCCAUCGUCAACAUCCAGUCCUCGGGCCGCUACUACGACUACUCGUGGACUUAUGCUCAUUCAGCCUGGCAUGUACGUCCCGUCACGUACGGCGACGAGCCGGCUCACGACUUUACUUCGUGGGCGAACGUUAUUGUUGGGCUCAUCUUCUUCGCCGCUUUCGGCUUCGGCACGGAGGCCAUCACGGCGUACAAGCGCAUCUGCAGCGCUCUGCACCUGCGAGCAGGAGAUACGUCGCAGCACUCUCGGUCUCGGGCUCGGCCGACAUUCACUUGGACGCGAUGGGGCUCUCGCUCGGCCGACUGCCGCCUUGCGCCUCGUCAAGUACCAGCUUUCGAGAUCGGCCGCGAGGUAGGUGUCAAGGAGGGGAUCAAAGUAGUGAUCGAGGAGGAGCAGGACAUUGUUUGAGUUCAUUGCGCAUGGCCCUGGUGCUACUGAACCUUCUCAGUUUCCGAACGGGUUCGCGAUCUCCUCCGACC